AGACGACCUAACCUUUGCCACGUAGUGAGCGUUCCGAGAUGGCUAGAAGUGCGGAAAACGCAAUAAUCUCCCCCGAUGACGAGGCAGACGAUAACGAGAAUCUGCCUAUGAAAGUCUACAAACCGAGCACCUGGACAUCGCAACCAGGUGCCAGUUUGACUAAAUAUGGACAAAGAGGACAGCCUGUUGCUGCACUCCUGCGAAAGCAACGGUACGAUACAGAACGGAGCUCUGCAGCACCAUACGUGGACCAUCCUCGGGGCCGUGGGAAAUACGACGUAGAUGUCCGUUUUACUGAAGAUGAAGAGGGAUUACACACAGCUACAGCCAUCCCGCAAAAGGAAUCAAAUGAAGAACUAAGCUCUGAAGCGCAAAACGCCGAUGGCCCUCCGAACAGUGGGAAUUAUGACGUAGAUGCAGGUCCGACUACAUAUGGACUGGGAGGGCAGCCCGCUACUACAGUACCCGAAAUGCGACUACGAAAUACAAAACGAAGCUCUCCAGCGCAACUCUCUGAUGGACCUCACAGCGGCAGGCGUUAUGACGUUGUCGAUGACGAGGCACCAUACGUGGACCGUCCGCGGGGCCGUGGGAAAUACGACGUAGAUGUCCGUUUUACUGAACAUGAAGAGGAAUUACACACAGCUACAGCCAUCCCGCGAAAGGAAUCAAAUGCGGAACUAAGCUCUGAAGCGCAAAACGCCGAUGGCCCUCCGAACAGUGGGAAUUAUAACUUAGAUGCAGGUCCGUCUACAUAUGGACUGGGAGGGCAGCCCGCUACAACAGUACCCGAAGUGCGACUACGAAAUACAAAACGAAGCUCUCCAGCGCAACUCUCUGGGCCUCACAGCAGCGGGAGAUAUGACGUUGUCGAUGACGAGACGCGAACGGUACAAGAUCAUGAAGUAUUUAGUGAUAUAAGCAGCACAGGCUUCACAUCACAUUAUAGAACGGCUCCAACGCCCUUAUAUUCUCCGAAAAAGAAGGCGUAUCUCUAUAUUCCCGAGACUGAACAACGUGGAGAACGUGGCGAUCUAUCUCAGUGGAGAAGGUUGUUGCUGAGUGUCUUGACUUCAGAAUAAAAUUGGCUGCA